AUCACUGAUGCUGCCGGCUAGCGUCCCUAGCAGGAGAUGCGCGCUGAUGUUCGUGGUGCCGCCUUUCAUUCCUAGCGGAAAGUAGUUGAGACGCUACAGAUGUAUGAUAAAUUCAUGGAAAAUCAAAUUCAUGAAGAAUUAAUUAUAAAAGAAGAAGAAAACGAAGAAGAAGAAUAUGAAUCUUCAGGAAGUAAAAAAGAAGGAACGACAAGAGAUAAUACUGAAACAGCAAUAGGUAUACGACCAAGACCUUUGAUAUACAAACCAGAUAAUGUGAGCAUAGGGUGUAGGUCAGAACCAAUAGAAAGGAAGUGGCAUUGGGCACCGGGUGCAUGGCAGGAUGCAACCAGAACUAGUGCAUUUCAACCGUAUAAGCCACCAACUUUGUUAACUAACUUGCAAAGAGGUAAUACGCGUACAAAAAUACCUCAACUCUAUGGAAGAACAGAUAUUACAUUUCAUACAUUAGCUGGUCAAGGAGAACUUACUCCUGAAAUCAUACAACCAGGAUCGGUAGAUCUUACAGAUGAAAAAGGUUUAACGGGUCUUAUGUGGGCUGCAGGAUAUGGACAAUUAGGUAGCGCAAGGCAAUUGUUAAAAGCUGGCGCAAACAAAAAUUAUCGUGGUCAUAAUGGAGAGACUCCUUUGCAUUUAGCUGCCGCUUACGGUCAUCACGAUCUUGUAAAGUUACUUUUGAAUCAUGGCGCUGAUUCAAAUGCAAGCGAUGAGGAAGGAAACACGCCUCUUAUUUAUGGAGCACAUGGUGAUCAUCCACAUGUUUGUUACGAACUUUUGUCUAGAGGAGCAGAUAUUACACAUCGUAAUGUACAUAAUAUAAGUGCAUACCAAGCUGCAAUAAUAAAUAAUUCAUUAACUGCCAAGGCAGUUAUUGAAAACUAUCUGUUGCAACAAGUAGUAAGUAUACCAUCUGAUAUCUUACCAUAACCUGUUAACUGAUUGUUUGAAUAUUUUUAAACAUUCUGUAAAUAAUAUCAUUAUUAUAAUGAAUAUUAUAUAUUAUUUUGUAUAUUA